AUGGGAUGUUCGCAAUCAACGAUUAGGAUGGAGAACAAAGAAGUUGUUAACCAAUGCAAGGAAAGAAAAGCGUUCAUGAAACAAUCAAUCUCCGCUCACUACGCCUUUGCACCCUCCCACUUCGCUUACAUUGCUGCCCUAAAAAAUAUCGGUGCCGCCUUCACUGAUUACGCCCUAGGGGAGCUCCAAUUUCCCGAUCAUCUUCACCCGACGCCGCCACAUCCCCGUUAUGAUUCCCGUCGUCCUCCACCACAACCCGAUGGUGGUAGCAGAUUCCGUACAUCAAAACGGGAGACGGGAAACAAGAAUGUACCUCCUUCAUCGGGAAACGAUGGAAUCGUGCCAUGGGAUUUCUUUUUUUUACGUCAAUGGAGGACGUCAUUGGGUCUGAAUUGA